AUGUUUACGUUCGACGCUAACGAGAAUUUAGAACUUGGGAUGGAGGUUGAACACUGGUCUAUAUCUGAUAUUGGGUCCGAACUUGGCCCAGAAUCUGAGGCUGAACUGCCUCAGAAGUAUGUGAUAGAUUUACAACUGGCAAGGCAGAAAAGAAGCGAGAUGAUUCGACUAGCGAAACUUGAUCAGAUCAACGAAGAGUACGAUGAUGCAGAUAGUAAUAACGAAAGUGACGAUAGUGAGGCCGAAGAAAGUGAUCAAGAGGAAAAUAAUUCUGAUAAUAGAGCCCUGUCAGAAUCAAAAGGUAAUGAAUCCGAUAAUAAAAUAAAUACACAGGACGAACGAGACGCUUCGACAAACGAGUCUAGAAUUAACCAAACUCAUGAAGAGGAGGGUGUGAAUGGAAGCGAUGAUCCCAGUGAAGACUCAGAUCGUGAAAUGGAUGUCGAUGAAGAGGCUGACAAUGUUGAAGAUAAUGACGAUUAUGAAAAUGAUGAAGAGGAUGAAAGUAUUACACAGGGUAAUCAUGGCAACGCAAAAGAAAUUGGAGAAAGCGAUGUGGAUGAACAAAGUGUAAACGAAGAGGAUGAGCAAAGUGAUAAUAAUGAAGAGUCUGAAUCAGAGGAAUUGAUUGUGGAACGAGAAGUAAAAGUCGCACAAUCUGCGAAACAAGCUGAACCCACAACGCCGCAACGACAGCCACGAUCAAGACCAAACCACCCUGUAAUGAUAAACCAACAAUCAAAUGCAUUCAAUCAUAAAAACAAUAACUCAUCAAUUGUAUCAUCAAACCGUGCAUAUACAGCUAACGGCAAUACUAAAAAGACGUCUAAGCUAGCUAAUUACUAUCGAUACCGCACUAAAGAUCAGGAAAUAAAGUUGGAAAUCGAAUCACUCGAAGAAACUUUCAGUAGUCUUAUCGAUCAUUAUUUUCUUCUUGACAAAAUUGGCCAGGGCACAUUUAGCUCAGUGUACAAAGGUGUGGAUCUUCAAUAUCGCAAAGUGAAAAACCAAUGGGAAGAGGCUUAUAACAAUACCAUGAAUUAUUCAAAUCAAACCAGCAAAAAGGUUAAUAUUGUGGCCAUUAAAAGAAUUUAUGUCACUUCUUCUCCAGCAAGAAUAGCAAAUGAGAUCGAGAUCCUGAAAUGUCUUACCAGCUGUCCUAAUAUCAUUCCUGUAAUAACAGCGCUACGACAUCGCGACCAAGUUCUAGUGGUAUUUCCAUAUUUCUCUCACACAGACUUUAGGGUAUUUUAUAGUGAAGUCUCGAUCAGCGGUAUCAGAAGAUAUAUGUACCAGCUACUGAACGGCCUCAACUUUGUGCAUGAGAACGGAAUAAUUCAUCGUGACGUAAAACCGACAAAUUUCCUAUAUGAUGCCAAACGUCGAAGAGGUGUACUCGUUGACUUUGGUCUUGCAGAAUUUCUGCCGAAAGAGGAUAAUGCUGGCUGCUCGUGUGUAACAGGAGGGCUGGAUCCUUCAGUUUAUUUAAAUGUGGUACCCCAAGGAGGAUAUAAAAAGGACGACCCCCGCCAUGGACGGAGAGCAAACAGAGCUGGAACAAGAGGUUUUAGAGCACCAGAGGUUUUACUAAAGUGUGCUGCACAGGAUACCAAGCUCGAUAUAUGGUCGGCAGGUGUGAUUCUAUUAACUCUUCUAUCAAAACGAUUCCCAUUUUUUAAUUCUGAUGACGAUGCGGAGGCACUUAUUGAGAUUGCCACCAUGUUCGGAUGCAAAAAGAUGCAAAAAUGCGCUUUCUUACAUGGAUCAAUGUUUGAAACCGAUAUCCCUACUAUUCACGAUGAAGGCUUCUCUCUUUCUCGCAUCAUAGAGUGGUGUCUCGGCAAGAAGAGUUCUAAAUCGAGUAAUGGUGCCGACGAAAGCCGGUCUUCUUUUUCCAAAGAUGAACUGGAAGCUAUUGACCUUCUGGAGCAUAUGAUGGAAUUAGACUACAGAAAACGAUAUUCAGCAAGCGAGUGUCUGGCAGAUCCCUUUUUUUCUGGGAGGAUGUAG